GGUACUGGGUGCCUUUGUGUGUUCAACAGCUGCAUUUUCAGAGUAGAAUGGCGACGGCUUUGUGCGGUCUGCAGGCCAACGGCAGUAACAGCAAACAGGCGAGAGUUCGCCGAGAACACCGGCGGAAAGUGAAGGACUCCCGUAGGAGACAGGCUGCUAUUUUAUUCCUCAGCAAUAUUUCUCUUGAUGGGAGACCUCCGUGUCACCCUACAGCUGGAAAUGCCGACCAAAGACCCGGUGAGGAGGCUGGACUCAGCGACGGAGACGUAUGCGCCGCUCCCGAGCUCCCCCGGGCCGAUAGUGAAGGUCCAGUCAAGAAGGCGAUGGACCCCCCAGCGGAACCCGUAGGCGGCUCGUCCUCCAGUUUCCCCGGGGUGCUCGGUCCGGUCCGGCCUUCCAUGGUAACGUCUCCUGGGCCACCUACCGCCAAUUCUGUGGGACCCAAUGAGGUAUUUUUAGAGAGCUCCAGCGUAGCGGAGACGCAGUUUCCGGGUACCCCGCUGUCUCCUGUCACAGCGGGACACCAGCCUUGCUCCCGGGCCAAAUCAACGCCCGCCGUUCUCAGCCCGACUCCGGCAGGAAACUGUCUGGAUUCCCGGCAGAGACAGAGGAACGGUUCUGGUUCUCCUGGACCCAAGGUGCCAAAGAAAGUCCACUUCAUCAAGAGCAUGAGGCAAUAUGAUACAAGAGGAAGCAGGAUCACGCUGAUUUGUGCCAAGCGGUCGCUUUAUGCUGCUUUCUCAGUGCUGCCCUAUGGAGAAAGUGCUAAUCUCAGUGAUCCGAAGCUGGACGCUCAGAGACAAAGAUUAUCUUCUGUUGUUGCUGCUGAUCUGCUGCCUUCCCUGGAAGGUGUGGAGCUGGGUGCCAUUGGAAAGACGGUGUCCUACGCUCAGUUUCUCUACCCGACAAAUGCACUGGUCAGACAGAAGAGCAGCACUGUGCUGGACAGCAGCACCGUUCAGACCCCUCAGUGUCGUUUCCGUGCCAACGGGCAAAAAGGCUUUACCCCGGCUCGUCCAAACAGCGGCACAGCACAAGACUCCUGUAUGAACACAUAUAUAGAGGAGGUGGCGGAUUAUGACCCGAAUCUUCUCAGUGAUCCUUGUUGGCCUUGUGGGAGACAUAAGAGGGUCCUUAUAUUUGCAUCAUAUGUGACGACCGUUAUAGAGUACGUGAAACCAUCCGACCUGAAGAAGGACAUGAACGAGACGUUCAAGGAGAAGUUUCUUCACAUUAAGCUGACACUGAGCAAGAUCAGAAGCCUGAAGAGGGAGAUGAGGGCCGUGAGUGAAGAUUGCGGCCUGCAGCCGGUCACCAUAGCAAUGGCCUUUGUUUACUUUGAGAAACUAGUGCUGCAAGGCCGCCUCAACAAGCAGAACAGGAAGCUUGUGGCAGCUGCCUGCGUGCUGCUGGCUGCAAAGAUCAGCAGUGAUCUACGGAAACCAGAAGUCAAGCAGCUCAUUGACAAGCUGGAGGAGCGUUUCCGGAUAAACAGACGGGAGCUGAUUCCUCUGGAGUUCUCCGUUCUGGUGGCUUUGGAGAUGGGACUGUACCUCCCAGAGAGCAAGGUCAUGCCCCACUACCGCAGACUGGUGCAGCAGGGUUAGACUGGAUGCUGUAGCGGAUCGAUCACCUUUAUAAGCUGUGGUGUUUGAAUUAAAUACUUCUGGUACUAUUUAUUUUCACUGUAAAUCUGAGAGGGGGGGAAAAAAAAUAGUUUACAUUCUAUGUCAAACACUGUAGGUCGUUAGCGUCUCCGAAUGUCUUUUUGUAUGUGAUCCACUCAUGAGCUCUAUGUUAGAGACGUUUUAAAUCAAUCAGCACAUUUAAUGUGCUUUUAACUGUUUUCUCUUCUGAUGUAUCUUUUUAAAGCACCAUAAUGAUCUUAACUUGUACAGAGUUAGUUUUGAUUUGUGUGUUUUCUAGAGGAAAACGGAUGUUUCUGCACAUUUUUAUUCUACAGACUGUAUUUAUUUUAACUGAUGAAAAACAAAGAAAAAAAAGAACCAGGGUAGAUUUUGUAAAAUGGCUUUCCAGCACUGUGACGCCUCUUUAGCUGUGGGAACGAGACUCUAGGCUAAGAAGUGGCCUUUAAUUUAUCCAUCUUUGUUUUAUCGUGUCUCACAGCGAUCCAGUCUGAUCCACAUAUUUAUACUGAAAGCAAGAGAUUAUUGAGACUCUUAUGGCAGCUCUGAGUCUGGUGUUUGCUGUGCUCCUGUGCCGUGUUUAUCACUGUGGUGUUACAUAAAAAAAAAAAAAAAAAAAAUCAACCUUUGGGUUUUACAGUAGUAUGUAGUGUUUACUUCCUGUUUGAUGUUAUUAUGCAGGGGAUUGUUUUGUGUGUCUGUGUUUUGCUGAUAAGUAUUUUGGUUCUCAGGAAUUUUACUUUAAAGUAGCUCACAAAGUCCGACCCAAAGAAGUUGUUUUUUUUAAAGAAAUGAAUGGAGAAAAAAAAAUACCUGAUUGUAGUUUUUGUUUGCACACAAUGGAUUUAAAUGUUGUACCCAGCAGCAGUAUCAUCUCAGAUUUGAGCAUUUAUGUGAAUAUGGUGACAAAGUGCCUGAAACCGCAGUAUCAGUGAAACCAUUUGUUUUUAAAUCCCAACAUUUCCUCCUUUGUCCUGCAGCAUCUCAGACGUCGUCUCUUGAAAUAAUCAGGACCUAAUUAACAAUCGCAGACUUUGUGAUGGUGAUUGAGUCUGACAUGAUCUGUGUUCAAAAUAAACAUCAAAAUCUGCAGAA